AUGUCCAAGUCACGAAUGCCCCUAUACCUCGGCAUCGCUGCCGUCGGUGGAGCAGGUUACUAUCUCUACGGAGCCGGCGGCAACCCCAAAGCCGCUGAGAGCAAGUUUGAAAGCGACGUCAACAAAGCCAGCGGCAAGCUCAAGGCCAAGCUCCCCGGCGAGACUCCCGACGCCGAAAAGAACCUCAAAGGCUACGGCCAAGAAACCGGCGCCAAGAUUGACAAGGCGAUCGCCGACGCCGAUAAAGAAGCAAGCAAGCUUAAGAAGGACGCCGAAGCGUAUGCCAAGGACGCGAAGAGCGAAGCUCUGAAAGCCGUCGACAAGUUUGACCAAAAGGUGGAAGAAGGCGCUGCUAAAGCCAAAAGCGGCAUCUCUGGCUGGUUUGGGGGGAGCAGCAAGUAA